ACUCCUCCCUGAGUUUUGACUGAAGAAAAGUUUCCGAGUGGUUCCCCCGCCAGUCCAGUUAGCACGCACAAGAUGACGCCGGCUGUGGCUUCGGCCGCGGCGUGGGCCCUGCUGCUGCUGCUGCUGACGUCGUCGUCGGCCGGGGCGUCCGGUGAGGUGUCGGACGAGCGCCAGUACAAGCGCAGCCAAUGCAAGGCCAUCCCGGCCUCGCUGCAGCUGUGCCGGGACAUGGAGUACAGCGAGAUGCGCCUGCCCAACCUGCUGGGCCACGAGAGCAUGAGCGAGGCGGUGCAGCAGGCGUCGUCGUGGAUCCCGCUGGUGCACAAGCGCUGCCACCCGGACACCCGCAAGUUCCUCUGCUCGCUCUUCGCGCCCGUGUGCCUGGCCGACCUGGACGAAGCCGUCCGACCUUGCCGCUCGCUGUGCGAGGGGGUCGAGCGCGGCUGCGCGCCCGUUAUGGCCGCCUUCGGCUUCCCGUGGCCCCCCAUGCUCGACUGCCGAGCCUUCCCCGCCGACGACGGCGACCACCUCUGCAUCCCGCCCGCGGACAUCCGCAACGCCGUGCCCGACGUUGGGGAAGUUCCCAGAGUGUGUGACGCCUGCAAGGAAACCGAUGAAAAUGACAAUGAAAUAGUGGAGAACCUGUGCAAAAACGAUUUUGCUCUGAAAAUUAAAGUGAAGGAGAUCUCGUACAUGGACGGCGACACGCGGAUCAUGCCGGAGAACAAGAGCAAGACCAUCUACAAGCUGCACGGCGUCAGCGAGCGCGACUUCCGCAAGACGGCGCUAUGGCUCAAAGAUGGGCUGCACUGCGUCUGCGACGAGAUGAACGACAUCAACGCCGCCUACCUGGUGGUGGGACAGAGGACGGACGAUGGACGCCUGGUUGUCACCUCGCUCAAACGCUGGCAGAAGGGCCGCCGCGACUUCAAGAGGAUUUCGCGCAGCAUUCGUAAGCUGCAGUGCUGAAAAAACAAUUUUUUAAACGACGACGACAAAAAAAAAAAGAAUAAAUUUCUAUUAGCCAGAGUGGACAAGAUCGUACGAAUUCCCACGUUUAAACCCCCCCCCCCACAAAAUUGUUCAUCCAUUUUAACCAUUCAAAGAGUGCACUUGUCAGGUAAAUAUAGGUCGUGUCACCGCCACGUUAGCGUGAAAGGACGUCCCAAAAACUUUGUAAAACAUCAGAAUCAAAUUCUUGCGGAAUUUUUUUCAUCUAGAACGAUUCCGAAACUCCAAAAAUCGGACAAUAAUUUUACGCAAAAUUUACCUUAAAUUUCAUGUUGUUUUACAAACAUAUAUAUGCAUGCCCUUUUACAAUAUUUAAAUAGCGUACAGGUCAUGAUGUAAAUAGCAUGAAAAGGAUGCCCAGGCAGUUUUCUUUUGAAAACUUAGAGUUCCCAUGAACUUUGAAUAUAAAAUUUUGAAAAUGUUCACGCUAACAUCUUGUCUGAUUUUUAAAGAACAAUAAUCGUCAGGUAGUUAAAUCUUCCUUGCAUUCUUGGAUCAGAUUUGACCAAAUUCUUGAUUUUUCAGCUCGAUUUUUUUUUUUUGGUUGCAUUUUCUGACCAUCAUUUCCUUUCCUUGAAAUGUUAACUUUCCAGCCAAAAUGUCCGCUUCCGAAUUGUUUAAGUUUCAAGGCUCCACUACCAACCGAGUUUUGUACGACUUUUGAGUUUUUGGCCUCAGUUCACAAAAGGACACGUUUACUUCAAUUAAUCCGGUGAACUUUUCAUAAAAAUGAAAUGCUAAUGAUGGAUGUCAUUGUUGUCAUCCCGAUGUUUUCUCAAGCUAAAUAUGAGAGAUAGCUGGCUAUGUUCUCCGCCCUGCCCCCCCACCCCGAUUAUUUUUAGACAAAAACUGACAUUUUCAUUUUCUGACUCCAUUUUUCAUAUUUGGUCUCUCAGCUUUUUAAGUCUACUGUUUUGUUACCUUAUACGUGUGAUUUUGCUAAUAACCACAUUGUUGUGUGUGUAUGUGCAAUAUUUGUUUUUGAUGUUUGGUGUUGUAAAUAUCGACAUUUGAUUUUGUAUCCACUUUUUUUGGAGGUGGGGGUGACAUGGGAACAAACACCGAAAGAUGGCUGUUUUUUUUUUUCUUCUGAAUUUUAUGAUUUACUCUUAAAUUAAUACAAUUAAUGAAUAAAAUAGGAUUGCGUUCAUUUAGUAUUGAAAGAAAUAAAAAUGACAUGUACAAGAUGGCGUUCUCAAUUUAUUAACCCUUUGAGGGACAGCUACCAUGGACAGUUUAUAGGGUUACAUGGUGCACGAAAGAGUUCAAAUACAUUUGAUUGGUUGAAAACAAUCCAAAUGUGGAAGUAUGCAUUCUUUUCUAAAAAAAUGUUAAAGGUCCCUUUCUCUUGACUUAUGUGCGGCUAUUGCAGAGAAUAACACCCAGAACACAAGUGCACACCGUGACAACAUAAACAGGGAAGUUUUAUUGUUUGUUGAAUCAUUUUCAUUCUUCUAUACAGUUUCUGUCUAUAAGUCCCAUUUUCAACAUUGAUUACAUACAUUCAUCAAAUCUUAUGUCCAGUCUGAUUACACGAACGAUAUUUUGCCUCCAUUCAAUUUGGUAUCGAGCACAUUCAAAUGAAACGAAAGAAAACCUUUCACAGUCCCGUGUGUUGCGUCGACAAAAGGAAUAGCUUUGGGCUUGCUUUUUCAAUGUUACC